AUGGCUCAGCGUGGACGACGUGUCUUCAAAAAGGCGUGUGCCAGCGGCAGGCUGACCGUCUACUUGGGUCGCCGCGACUUUUACACCACCAAAGGCAUGGAUGAUAUUGUCGAUGGCAUGGUCAAGGCUGAUCCUGCCGAUCUCCAGGGCCAAGGCAUCUUUGUGCGCCUGCGUUGCACGCUGAAUGAAAUCAAGCAGGUCUACCCGCCACCAGAGGGCAUGAAGCUCACGGCGCUGCAGCGCAAACUUCAAAGCAAGCUGGAGAACAACGCCUUUCCUUUCAAGUUUGAGGUCCCCGAAGGCCUUCCUAACUCCGUCACCCUUCAAGGGCAGCCUGGUGCCCGGGGACAGGACGCCCGAUGUGGCGUCGACUGGGACCUGAAAAUUUACAUUGCCGACACGGCCGAGGAUCGCCCUUCCAAACGCAAUACAGUUGUGCUGGCCAUUCGCAAGUUGGCUUUUGCACCGUUGGAUGAGAGCGAUGACGUGGCUCCCAGCGACACGGCCGUCAAGAAACUGGCCCUGGGUGGCGAGCCCAUCACCAUGCAGGUCUUCCUGGAUCGCCGAACAUACAUGCAUGGUGAUCCUAUUGAGGUCACCGUCAAGGUAGACAAUGGCUCCAAGAAGCAGCUUAAGAACAUGGACAUCCUAGUCCGCCAGUUUGCCACUCUCAAGGCUGAAGCUGGUCUCUCGGGCUCCACCCGCAAGACCCACAUUGUGGAGAUGAAGCCCAGCGUGCAUCUUCCGAUUGCCCCCUCCUCACAAUGGGCUGAGACCUUUGCCAUCAUCCCGUCAGUCGAGGGUCUCGAGGACCAAUACCGCCUUGCCCUCGAUGGGCAGAUCAAGGAUGAGCCCACGGGCCUGGCCUCCUCUACCCAGUGCGUUUGUGCAGAGCUCAUGUGGCCACGAGCCGAUAAACCAUCCCGUGCCCAAAAUUGUUGCCAUUCCUCUUGGCUGAUGCCCCCCCCCCCGUCCUCGACCAUGCUGCACAGGUUGACGCAAUCCAGCUUGGACGAUAAUGUCGGAAUCUUCGUGUCAUACGAGGUCAAGGUCAAGCUGCACGUGGGCAUGGGCAGUGAGCUCGAUUGCAAGACCCCCUUCAUGUUGCUUGCACCACCCCCCAACGCGCUGGGCGUGUCUGUGGGCAUUGAGCCCCCACCAACGCCGGCCCUUGUCAAGGAUGCGGAGAAUGACGGCUACAUGUCCGUGCCGACCACCCCGCGCAAUGCGCCACGAAUGACUUUUGACGAACUUGACCGCAUGAUGGAUAACGACGGCGAUUUGGACCUGGUCUUUGAGGAUUUUGUCAACAAGCGUGCUGAAAAGUUUUUUAGCCAGCCAGACCGUGAUGUAGAGGAAUAUCAAGAUGAUGAUGACGACGACGAGUAA